AUGAGCACAGUUGAAGAAGAGUCUGACACAGUGACAAUAGAAACCGUGAACUCUGUGACUUUGACUCGGGACACUGAAGGGAACCUCAUACUUCAUUGCCCUCACAAUGAAUCUGAUGAAGUAGACUCAGAUGACAGCACUGAACCUCCACACAAGAGGCUUUGCUUGUCAGACGAUGAUCAAAGCCUUGAUGACUCCACUCCCUGCAUUUCUGUCGUUGCAGUUCCCAUUUCAGAAAAUGACCAGGGCUUUGAGGUGACCAUGACUGCUACCACGGAGGUAGCUGAAGAUGAGAUUAAUGAAGGAACUGUUACUCAGAUUCAGAUUCUUCAGAAUGAACAGCUGGAUGAAAUCUCCCCAGUGGGCAAUGAAGAAGUGUCAGCUGUCAGUCAAGCCUGGUUCACCACCAAGGAGGAUAAGGAUUCUCUAACCAAUAAAGGCCACAAGUGGAAGCAGGGGAUGUGGUCCAAGGAAGAAAUCGACAUUUUGAUGAGUAACAUUGAGCGUUAUUUAAAGGCCCGUGGAAUAAAAGAUGCCACUGAAAUUAUAUUUGAAAUGUCAAAAGAUGAAAGAAAAGAUUUCUACAGGACAAUAGCUUGGGGUCUGAAUCGGCCUCUCUUUGCUGUCUAUAGAAGAGUUCUUCGCAUGUAUGAUGACAGAAACCAUGUUGGAAAGUAUAGCCCUGAGGAAAUUGAAAAGCUCAAAGAGCUGAGGGUGAAGCAUGGCAAUGACUGGGCCACGAUCGGAGCUGCUCUGGGCAGAAGUGCCUCAUCUGUCAAGGAUCGGUGCAGGCUGAUGAAGGAUACCUGCAACACAGGGAAGUGGACGGAGAAGGAGGAGAAGAGGCUGGCAGAAGUGGUGCAUGAGCUGACCAGCACAGAGCCAGGGGACAUUGUGACCCAGGGGGUGUCGUGGGCUGCCGUGGCCGAGCGGGUCGGGACGCGCUCCGAGAAGCAGUGCCGCUCCAAAUGGCUCAACUAUCUCAACUGGAAGCAGAGUGGGGGCACCGAGUGGACCAAGGAGGACGAAAUAAACCUGAUCUUGAGGAUAGCAGAACUGGAGGUGUCUGAUGAGAAUGACAUCAACUGGGACCUGCUGGCCGAAGGAUGGAGCAGUGUCCGCUCGCCCCAGUGGCUCCGCAGUAAAUGGUGGACCAUCAAAAGACAGAUUGCCAACCACAAGGAUGUGUCCUUCCCUGUGCUGAUAAAGGGUCUUAAACAACUCCAUGAGAACCAAAAAAACAACCCAGGGCACCAGCUGUCGGAGAGCAAACCUGGGGGUGGAUUACCCAGCACCAACUCCAGCUCUGGGGUGCAGCACGUGCAGAUCCGAGUGGCUCGUCUGGAGGAGAGCUCAGGCAGUGCCCCGAGCCCCAUGGCAGCUCUGCAGAUCCCAGUGCAGAUCACCCACGUCUCCUCAACGGAUUCCCCCACUGCUACUGUUGACUCUGAGACAAUAACACUAAACAGUGGAACACUACAGACCUUUGAGAUUCUUCCAUCUUUCCAUCUCCAGCCAACUGGAACACCAGGUACCUACUUACUGCAGACAAGCUCAAGCCAAGGUCUUCCUUUAACUCUGACAACUAGUCCCACCAUGACCCUGACAGCUGCUGCUGCUCCUGCCUCCCCAGAACAGAUCAUAGUCCAUGCCUUAUCGCCAGAGCAUCUGCUGAACACGAGCGACAACGUGACCGUGCAGUGCCACACGCCGAGCGUCAUCAUCCGCACGGUGGCUGCCGAAGACAUCUCCCCCCCUGGCCCUCAGACACAGCUCCCUGUGGACUCAGACAUCCAGUCUGCUGAGCUGGCAGAGCCUCCAGACACCCUGGGAACAAACCCCUUCCCAGCUGACAUCCACCAGCCCAAGCUGAGUGAUGAGGAGCAGUCAGCCUACACUGAAGACGAUGCUUCCAAAUUCAGCAGCAGGAACAGGAGUGAACUGAUGGAUGGAGUCAUGGUGAAAGCUGAGCAGGAGAUUGCAGAUGCCAACCUGAAACAGGAGGGGGAUUCUCACUCUGAUUUGCCCAGCACCUAUGUUACUGAGGAUCUGGGUUCCCCAACGAUAGAAGAACAAGUUCAGCCUUCAAUAGAUGAUGAGACUGUGCUGAUUGUUCCUUCUUCCCAUGGUUUUAUCCAGGCAACAGAUGACAUAGACAGCGAAUCAGUCUUGCCCCUGACAACUCUGACAGAUCCCAUCCUGCAGCACCACGGGGAUGGCUCACACAUCAUUGGCUCCUCGCUGGGCAGUCCUGACUCAGAAGACUCCAAGGAUGUUGAAGACCUAGUGAGCUGUCCCUGA